AAAGGCCACACCUUCUGACAGCAGCACAUACUUGCUUCUGACACUUCUGUGAUCACCUGUCAGCUCCAAUACCUGACAUCAUGGUGCUUUUUACUGCCGAGGAGAAAGCUGCUGUCACUAGCCUGUGGGGCAAAGUGAAUGUGGAAGAGGCUGGAGGCGAGGUUCUGGGCAGGCUCCUGGUAGUCUACCCCUGGACUCAGAGGUUCUUUGACAGCUUUGGCAACCUGUCCUCUCCCUCUGCCAUAAUGGGAAAUCCCAAGGUCAAGGCCCAUGGCAAGAAGGUGCUGACCUCCUUUGGAGAUGCUAUUAAGAACAUGGACAACCUCAAGGGCGCCUUUGCUAAGCUGAGUGAGCUGCACUGUGACAAGCUGCACGUGGACCCUGAGAACUUUAGGCUCCUGGGCAACGUGAUGGUGAUCGUCCUGGCUUCUCACUUUGGUAGAGAUUUCACCCCUGAUGUGCAGGCUGCUUGGCAGAAGCUGGUGGCUGGUGUCGCCAAUGCUCUGGCCCACAAGUACCAUUGAGUCCUCUUUUCAGUUCACCAGAGCCCUUUUGUGUCCCCACCACCUUCCUUUUGCAUGUGGGGACUGAGGUUUGGCCUUGAGAGCACAGCUUCUUCUUAAUAAAAUACAUUCUACUCAUUAAUCAAAAAUUAA